CACAUCAUGACGUCAACAAAGUCGGUCAGUGUCCAUGGGGUUCAGCAGCGCCAGCUUGAGGACGUUUUGUUGAAAGGAAAUGAGUUCCAUUUCUAAGCACCUUCUCCUCUCGACUACUCAAACACACGAUGCUCUUGAAGAAGUGCCCAGCGAUGAGACUGGGAAGCGUUUGCUGGCUCAGUUUAAGAGUGAGAGUGGAGAAGUGGCCGGCACACCCUUUGACCUUCCGAUUAACAUCACUGUUGACAAGCUACAGCUCAUCUGCAAUGCAAUCCUUCAGAAAGAGGAGACGACUCCAUACUCGUUCUUUGUGAACGACACUGAGAUCGAAGCGAGUCUGGUUGGCGCGCUGGGUUCGGAGAGUGUGGAGGACACGGAACGCGUGUUGGACAUCGUCUACCAGCCGCAAGCCGUGUUCCGCGUCCGUGCCGUCACGCGCUGCACCAGCUCCAUUGAGGGCCACGCUGAGGCCGUUAUCGCCGUCGCGUUCAGUCCAGAUGGAAGAUAUUUGGCCAGUGGUUCGGGUGAUACAACUGUCAGAUUCUGGGAUGUCAACACAGAAACACCUCAGUACACCUGCAAAGGUCACAAACACUGGAUCCUAAGUAUCAGUUGGUCACCAGAUGGCAGGAAGCUGGCGUCAGGAUGCAAGAAUAGUCACAUCUGUAUUUGGGAUCCUGGAUCGGGCAAACAAAUAGGGAGCACUCUGAUUGGUCAUAAACAGUGGAUCACCUGGUUGUCAUGGAAACCUCUACAUUUGGAUCCAGAAUGUAGGUACUUGGCAAGUUCCUCAAAGGAUGCAACACUAAAGAUCUGGGAUACAGUGUUGAGUCAGUGCCACAUGACAUUGUCCGGUCAUCUACAGUCGGUGUCAUGUCUCAAGUGGGGCGGCAAUAAUCUCCUGUACAGCUCGUCACAAGACAGAACCAUCAAAGUGUGGAGAGCACAAGACGGUGUGUUGUGUAGGACAUUGCAAGGUCAUGGUCAUUGGGUCAACACCAUGGCUUUGAAUACAGACUAUGUGAUGCGAACAGGAGCGUUUGACCCUGCCCAUGCCACCAUAGUUCACAAGGAAAUCUCAGAGACAGCCAGUGAACUGUCAAAGAAAGCUUUGGAAAGAUACAACACAGCCAAGGGUCCUGGACCAGAAAUACUGGUGUCUGGGUCCGACGACUUCACUCUGUUUCUAUGGAAACCGGAGGAGGACAAGAAACCGAUCUGUCGUAUGACCGGACACCAACAGUUGAUAAACGAAGUGCGGUUUUCUCCUGACACCAGACUGAUCGCCAGCGCCUCGUUUGACAAGUCCGUCAAACUGUGGGAUGGCAGGACUGGAAAGUUCCUUGCCACACUGCGCGGUCACGUGAAUCGUGUGUAUCAGGUUUCGUGGUCAGCCGACAGUCGCCUAAUUUGUAGCGGGAGCUCUGAUUCCACACUCAAAGUGUGGGAUGUACAUAAGAAGAAACUCAUGUUUGAUCUACCUGGACAUGCUGAUGAGGUUUACGCAGUGGACUGGAGUCCGGACGGCCAGAAAGUUGUGAGCGGGGGAAAAGACAAAAUACUGAAAAUCUGGCGAUCCUGAUGAAUGGUCGUACAAACAGAACAAGUGUUCAUACUGUGAUCACCUAAAGACUAGACAUCAAGAAAAUACAGCUGGCGAUCCUGAUGAAUGGUCGUAUAAACAGAACACGUGUUCAUACUGUGAUCACAUAAUGACUAGGCAUCAAGAAAAUACACAACCUUGCUAUGUGUCAUUUUACACAUUAGCUUCAUGUAUAAAACAUAAAAAAAAUUUUUUAAUACAUUGCAUUUCUCAUA